AUGACGACGAACGAAGCAGACGACGACGACGAUAUCGAUUGCGAGGAAGAGGAAGAGCUUCUCAGAAGAGACGUGGAUCGUCUGCUCGAGGAGAUUGCGUUUUUGGAGGAAACGUCUUCUUCUUCUUCUUUAAGAUACGGUGAAUUGGAAUCCCGUUUGGAAACUCUGGAACAGAACAGGGUGAGCAUAGCGCGGAGGAUGACGACGAUGAAGAAGAAGAAGAAGAAACAAAGCGGGAAUAAUAAUAACGACGACGAUUAUGGUACUACUGCGUUCUCCCUCCUCUCUUCUCGAAUCCACGAGGUCGCGGAAUACGUCGAUUCGGCGGUGAGAAACACCGUCGUUUCAAAUCAGAGGAAAACGAGAGAGGAAAAUAUCUUGAGAGAGUUGGAUUUGUUCGUGGACGGCGACGAAGACGCCAUCGAGACGAACACGAUACGCGGGAAAGAAGUAAACGAAGAGAAGGAAAACAGAGUGGAAUGGAUACGAAAAUUCGGGAUAGAGAAUUCGAUGAUGAUGAGUGGAGGGAAAAUGGACGAGGAGGAUUUGAACGCGGAGCGGUCGUUGCGCGCUUUCGAGAUGAACGACGACGAGAAGGGCGGUGUUCGUAAAAGCGGAAAAGAGAAGGGCGUCGUGUUUUUAUUAGAUGAUGAUGUAAGAAGAGCAAAAGAGGAGGAGGAUUUGGAGAAAGCAAUCGAGAAGAACGUGCUGAGUACCGUGGACUUGGCGAUUAAACGCUUAGAAACCGCGAGCGCGGCGAUUGCGAAAGCGACCGCCAAGAAUAGCAAAGAAACUGGCGGAGCAGCCGGGAUAUUCGCGACGGCGAUAUCAAACUUCUCCGCGUUACCCGUUUGGCAAAAGAGGGUCGUUGGUGUGCUCGCCUUUCUCGGUUUCUCUUGGAUUUUAAUACUCAACGCGAUGAAUAACGACGAGAAAUCAGAGUUUGAAGAAAUCGAUCAAUCUAUAGCGACGACGGCGAACGCUUCUUAA